GAGAGUGGGAGGGAGGGAGACUGGAACUCAAUUCCACACAGACGAACCUACACUGGCUCAGAAAGACGGUCUCUCUCCAGCACACACACACACACACACAUACACACACGCCGCUGGCUGUGGAUUCUCCAUCUUAUUUCAUACGUCUGCCAUUUUGCCGGAGAGUCAGCCAAACCCGCCUCAGGGAGCUGGAGAAUGGAGAACAACAUGUGACCGAUCCGUGCGCCACUGUCGACAGCAUGCUUCGUCUCCUCCAGACCUUGGCUUUCUGCUUCUGGUGUUUUUUGCUACUUCACAGGCAGGCUGUGGCCGAUGAAGAGGGCCUCUGGGGGCCGACGCCAUCAAGAGAAAACCCACCUGAAAAUAAACAAAGCUCUUCCUGGUGGUCAAAGUACAGUCCCUUCCAUUUAGUACCGCGGCUCAGGAACCCCUUUUAUGGGAGCUCGGACAGUAACGAUGAGGCUCCUGCACUGACCACAACCGCCAAAUGGCUGACAGAGCCAAUUGAUCACUCGGGUUCAGGGGAAGGGGGCAUUUCUGAAGCCUCUGAACAACCCACCACUUUGACUCAGGGGCUUCUAACCAGCGUGACAAAGAUAGGAACAGAAUCACUUCCCACGGGGACAUCAGAUUCUCCACACAGCAGCAUAGCACAGACCCACAAUGAUACUCCUGUUUCAGGCGCCUACUCUCCCACAAGCAGUUUUAUCAGAAACACUCUGUUCACCAACAGUCCCACCAGCACAAGCGCUCCUGAACAAAAUGCAACACAUACCCACCCACCACGGGGCACUGCACGAGCAGCCAGACCCAGCAUGGGUGCUACUCCACAACACCUCCCAGAGGAACUCACUGAUAAAGAGGAGGCUGAAGAUUUUACAGAAAAGAUCUCUUCGACGAUAGCACUAGAAACUACAGUUCCCACUGCCUUGACAUGGGCGGCAGCCCAUACCACAACAACAAUCCCAGGACUGGUAGAGACCACACUGACCAGUAGCCAUCCUUUGAGGCCUGUUACUCCCCCUACGUCCACAGAAACGUUUCAUGCUGGGGUGGCCACAAUGACAGAAACUCACCCCACUGAGAGUGAGGCUGACCUGGGCUUCUCCAAAGCCAGGUCAGGGCCCAUGGAGGAACAACCAGGGGUAAUCGUCACUGCCAUAGGGAUCGAUUACAAACUAGUGCCGGAAUCCAUAACAAGCACAACUCAGAGCCAGGGGGUUAACUUCCCAAUAGCAGGAGAGCUGCCAGGCAAAGAGGAUAAGGAGUCUGAAGAGGCUGAGGAAGGUGUGGUUCCUUCUGCAGACGGGGAUGGUGAUGAGUUGGCAGACAUUUCCACACCAUCCGCUAAGCUGCUAACACAGUCCCUGCCACGAAGCACAGGUGUUCCUCCAGAAACCCCUUAUAUUCCUCUGUACACUGAAGACUGGAUGUCCAGUCUUACAGACAGCAACGUGACCUUCCUACCAGACUGCAAUAAAGAGCGUGGGGGGAUCUGCAACCUCUCUGACACCUGGGACUCUACAACCUCCUCAGACGUUAAGCCCACACAAAACACCACUGCCACAAACCAAUCGAUCAACCCCUUCCUGGUCCCAGCUCCACUCAUGUUGGUGCCGCUGUAUACCGACUGGAACAGUGCCAUGGCAGCUUGGGGCCUGGCCUGGGAGGCGCAUGUUUACGGGGCUGGUUGUGCCUUCGCAAUGCUAACUCUAGCCUCAGCACUCAAUCUGCUCUGCUUGCCGCUGCGAUGUCCAUCCGGAUGUGGCUACUUUGCCCUGGUCAGCCUGUUUCUACUAGCUGCUGGUUGUACCAGAUCUUUCUCGCUGCUGUACGAUGCCUACGGCCACCAGGACCGCCUACCGUCCACAGAGGCCUCGCUGAUGCUCUACGAAGCACCGUUUCCCUGCUUGACUGCAGCUUUUGGUCUGGUUUUCCUUCUCCUCUCCAUGCGCUCAAGAAUGCAGCUCUCCUACUCAGCCUUCCAGAGACCCUGUUUCCUGGCCUGCCUGGUUUUCCUGCACUUUGCUGCUGCAUUUGGACCAGUGACAUUACUUAAGUUUUACCAGCAAAAACCUCCCCUUUGCCUCUUUCUUUCACUCAUCUCCCGUGGAGCCUUUGUAGCACUGGCCACAUUUCUGUCUGCUGCCUAUUUUGUGUUCUACAUCUAUGUACGGGCAGAUUCGAAGCACAUCUACCACCUGAAUAACACAUCCCCAACGCCUGCUGAGCGCUAUAACCGCUGCCCCUUUGCUGAGAGCCGGGACUGGGACCGUGCAGCUGUAACUGUUUGUCUUUCAGCAUUGUUUUCUUUAGCAUGUGCAGGACUGCAGUUAUUUGCCAUUCUCAAUGCUAUUGGCGUUGCAGGUGGAGAGGAGGUCUUCCACCCUUGGCCUUGGUGGGCUUUUCAGUUUAGCUGCAGACUGUGUGAACUCGGGGUUUGUCUCACCUUAGCAUUGGUAGUCGCACAACCGGUCUACUGUUCUGACCACCUCCCAGCAGCAGGGAGCUGCUGGACUGAAUUACUGGCGUCCAAGUCACCCAUCUUGCCUGGGAGCUACCAGUGGUCCCUGAGCCAGCAGGAGAAGCUUGCCAUCGUUGAUACCAUUGGGCUUGGAGAGACAGAGAGCCUUCCUCUUUACACUCUGAUGGAUGAGAGGCUUGGCAGCAGUCUGAAUGGCCUGGACCUCCUCUACCAUAGCAACCGGGCCUUGGCAUACAGAGACCUCGACUUGGAUUUGGAUUUACAUGGUUCAGAAAAACCUGAGGAUGGAGGAGGCGGAGAGCCUUCAGGUGGAUCCUCGUUUACCAGUGACUCCACCACAGACCUGCGGCCACCUUCGCCCAUCAACCUGCGUCGCAGCAUAGACGAGGCACUCUUUAGUGAGGCCCUCUUUCCCAUGAGCCUCUUUAGCCCUACAAGGCCUAUCCGCUGCAGUGAUCUUUCCAUAAACAACCACUGUGCACUACCCAGCAACGGCCUCUGUGAUCCUCUCUCAGCUGACCCUGGCCUUUAUCGGACCUCUUCCUGCGUGGAAAUGGCCCCUCCACCCCAGCCCCCUUUCAACCAAUCUCAAGUUGACACUGUUGUAGGUGCUCCACCAUCGCCAUCCCUGUCCUCUUCCACCAGCUGUUCAUCUCCUGAACGUUGGCGGGGCAGCUCUUCUUCCUGUUCCCUCUACCGAGCCUCUCUUGGUGGCUCCUCGCUGGUCCUCUGCCCAAGCCCAGAGAGACACGCUCGUCAGCUUCUCCAGCAAGGGGGUACGGGCCAUAUGCCGUCCUCCGGCCACCAGGGUCAUGCUGACCCACAGAGGCACUAUCAAACACUGGGCGCAGCCUCACAGGAGAGCCUGGACCUGGACAUGUCGUCCGAGGCAGACCGAUCAGUGCAGGAGGAGUUCAUCAGUGUUUGCAGACAAAUCGAUGCUUUGAGCAUCUGCAGUGAGACUAUUGAUUUAUAAAGGACAGUCUGGUCAAACAAGGGUUUCACUGAGGACUUAUUAAGGAGACUGUCUGCUUUGUGUGGCUAGUUGACCAUCAAGGUUUUUUACAGCCAAUUUGGUAGUGCAUGGUAGCUUCUGCGUACACCAUAAAAUACCUAUAGCUGCCAAAAUAAAGGUUUUGGAAGUUUGAGAAGCUCUCUUAUGCGAUCGUUAGUGAAUGUCUAUGAGGGUCUAAGUGCCAAGAAUGUCAAAAGCCAAAAGGUAAUUUGUAACUUUUACAUGUUUGAUAAAGGAUGGUGAAGUUUGAUAUAGUCAAAAGAAUAGUAAGAUUUUACUGAGUGGAGAUAACAGCAAUUUAUUUGUACAAAUGUUUUUAUUGCAUUCCAACAUUCCAAUAGAUAGUACUGUGACUGAAUUAAGCACUUAUUAAAUACUACUGAAGUCCUACCCUUUCAUACUCAGAAUAUCAGUCAUUAAAUCUCAUGUUGAAUAAAUGGGAUUAGAAUUAAGUUUGUCAAACUAUAAACUCUCCAUAUCAAUAUGUCACAGAUCUUGCAGUUAUAGUGCAGCAGUGCCCUCUACUGGUAAAACACACACUAUGUUACCUUUAUCCUCCUACAUUUAUCACCAAUGGAUUGUGCUUCUACAUACACUGACAGCAUCUUCUAUGACCGGCUUACUAAUUUAUUUAAGUUCAAAAAUAACUUUGCUCAACACAUUGUUUAAUAAAGUUUGUUUUAUAACA